AUGCUGAAGCUGGCGGCGAUCGCCCCGUUGCUGCGCAAGCGACCGCUCCGCUUCAACACCAGCGCGUGGGCGCACGUGCGCUGGCCCGACCGCGACGACUGCGCACGCCACGUGGUCAGUGGCGCCACCUGGCUGCGCCACCUUCUAGAGGGCGCCACGGGCGUGUUCACCGGAGGCGGUCGGUUCAACCCGCAGCUGUUCAACCAGGGUAAUACCACCCAGCGCUGCCUCUACCCACUGCCACUGGGAUUCCCGCUGCGUCUGUACGGCCAGCUGUUGCGUGACACGGACGGCAGCACGCUGGUGCAGGAGAACGUCCGGGGGCCGCACAUCGAGCCGGCCGGCCCGCAGGCCGAGCUGCCGUUGGCCGCGCCCGAACAGGUCACCAAGCGCACCGGCUCUGCCAGUCACCGUAAGCCGUCCAAGACGGUCCUACUGGUGCAGGACCCGUACGGGGUCCUGCUGGAGGGCCGGGGCGCCGAGGGUUCGCCGGUGGGAGAGGCCGCCGGCGAGCGGGAUUUCCGCGGGAGCCAGUGGGAGAAGUUCGUCUCGGUCAAGAUGCGGCAGUGGCUGUUCCAGACGCAGCUGACAACGCACAUCGCGAAGCAGCUGCUCGUCGUACAUCUGGAGGACCUUCAGGAGGAACCUCUCGCGGGCCUGCAGCGCGUGCUCGACUUCCUGGAGGUGGUGGCUCCCGCCGAGCGCCUGCGCUGCCUGAACGCCACGACGCCACGGCCGGUCGACCUGCUCGGCGAGCCAGCCUUCCAGAACCCGGACCUGCGCCAGCUGAUCGACCGACACGUGGACGAGGUCGGAGAGCUGCUGCAGGAGCGCGGACAUCGGCUGCCGCUGCACAAGUACCCCCGCUACGGCAAGGGGCCUCCGUUCGGCUGAGCGCCCACGCUGGGCCUGUGGCAGGCGCCGCAUGACUGACUGACCGGAGCAGCGUUACGA